AUGUCAACCGUUAUUCUUGGAGGAGGGAUCAUUGGCACCUCAAUUGCAUACUAUCUGUCUGCCAAUCAACCUGAGGAGGAACUAUACAUUAUUGAGCAAUCCCCAGAGCUCUUCACUGCCGCUUCAGGCUACGCAGGAGGCUUCUUGGCGAGAGACUGGUUUGUGUCAUCUCUUGCGCCUCUUGGUGCCUUAUCAUUUGACCUACACACCAAAAUUGCGGCGGAAAAUGAAGGAAAACAAAACUGGGGAUUUAUGAAAGGGACAGCCUUCAAUUUGGAUACUGCUCCUCAUCAGAAAUCGGGUGCUCCACAAGGCGAUGACUGGAUAAACACAGGAACGAGUCGGGCGGAGACAGCGGCGGGAUAUGACGACCCUGCCACCUUUGCGUGGCCAGAAUGGUUGACAAAGCAGAGACAAGGCAAUUUAGAGGGAAUAAGCCAAGAGGGGAGCGUGGCUCAAGUGGACCCAUUGAGAUUAAGUCACUAUCUGAUGAAACGUGCGACGUCUAGAGGGGUGAAGCUUCAUUACCCAGCCAAGGCAACAGAAAUUGUCAAAGAUACGGAUGGAACAAUUACGGGUGUUAACAUAAUGUGCCUGAAUUCGAAGAAAGAGUUAGUGAUCCCAUGUACAAAUCUUGUCAUGAGCAUGGGACCUUGGACACCACAUGUUUUCAAAGAUCUGUUCCCGCUGUCGACUCUAUCAUUGGAUAUCUCACCUCUGGCAGGCUACUCUCUUGUUGUUCGCUCACCUCGAUAUACGUUGGAGCAUGAGAGGACUGCUCACGGGGGUCAGAGCCAUGCCGUGUUUACAGAACACCCUUCAUCAUGUGGGUUCAGUCCCGAGAUCUUCCUCAGAGAAGGUGGUGAAAUUUAUAUCGCCGGCCUCAACCCCACCACCAUCAAGUUUCCGUCCUGCGCGGAAGGUAGUAAGCGGCUUUUCGAUCCCCAAGAGAUGCAGAAACUCAAGGAUGUCGCGGUUCGUUUGAUGGGCAGUCUUGCUCAAAAUAGGGAAGAGGCCACCGAUGAGGUAAACAAUGUUGAUGAUCUAGAGAUAAUCCGAGAAGGAUUAUGCUUCAGGCCUGUAAGUGGUGCUGGUGUUCCAACCAUUGGCAAAAUUCACGAUCUAUUGCUGGGAGGGGGGACAAAGGCAAGUUCCAGCGGAGGCGUGUUUAUUGCAGCUGGACAUGGACCAUGGGGUAUUUCAUUGAGUCUUGGGACGGGCAAAGUCAUAUCUGAGAUGAUACAAAAACAAGACACCUCGGUUGAUGUAACUGGGCUCGAAGUCAAAAACCAGGAUGAUACAUACACCACUGCUUGA